AUGAAGAAAGCGGGCCAGGGAAAACCGUCGGAGGUGCACAGGAGCGUCAACCAAGAGAGGCUGGGCUUCGUAAUGAGCUGCCUCGUGGGGAACGAAGUGGAGGUGCAUAUGAAGGAUGGAAACGAAGUAAAAGGGUUAUUUCACGCAUAUAAUUUUGCAAAUAAGGGAGAAAAAAAACAGGGUGACGUUUCUUUAAAUUACGCAAGGGUUCAGCCCAAGAAGGACCGAGUUAGCGGCCCCAUAAACAAAGCAAUGAUCAUCCCAGAAAACAUGUACACCAUAAUUGUUGGGAAAAAUAUGAGUCUAGAAUUAAAAGACCCAGAUGGCGCAAAAAAUGUGAAGGAGAAGUUUCAAAUUGAUGCAGAUAUUUCAGAAAAAAAAAAAAAAUAUAAUAUUAAUAGUGCCAAUAGAGAGUUAAAGAGGUGGAUAUGUGAUGAUUCAUUUCAAGAUGAAAAUAAAUUAACAUUAGAUGACAAGAUGAAAGAACCAUGGGAUCAAUUCGAACACAACAGGAAGUUAUACGGAGUUACCACUACGUAUAAGGAAGAAUUAUACACCACGAAUUUAGACGUGAACAAAAUUCCGCAGCAUGUAAAAAUGCACGCGGAUAAAAUUGCCAAGGAGUUAGAAAACAGAGGAAUGCACCUCGACCCUGAGGAUGCAGAGAGGGACAACAAAGAAUUGGACGAAGAAGAUCUGUUCGGAGCCGUUAGACAAGGCAAAGAUAAGUUCGGCAAAUUCUUCAAAGGCAAAAGGGAGGAAGGGAAAGGCGGCCAGCCGCAGGGCAGGUUUAACCAGUUCGCCCUCAGGGACUUGAAGGAGAAAAUAGAGUCCGUCAAAAUGGACAACGAGAAGAAAUACCCAGCGAACAAGCAGAAAAAAAUAAAUUUCACGAUCUCUGCAACUGGGGAAGACGUUGAAAGCAGUGAGAAAAACAAUGACUCAUCAAAGAAGGAAGACGGGAAAAGCGCGGACUUUACCGGAAUCAACGCCCUAAAUUUGGAACCAGCGUUGCCAAGACUGGAUGAAAAAACCCGAACGGAAUGGAUCAUGUUCAAGAAUAAAGCGAAAAAUAAAAUCGCCAACAAAAAGGACAAAUCAACGGAGAAACAGGAAUUUAUAACAGCGGCAAAAGAGUUUAAUGAAAAAUUAGCCAACAAAAUGAGUACACACUCGCAGGAAUCGAAGAACGAAGGAAACUCUGACCAGCUGGAGAUCAACAACCCCCCGUCGGAGCUGCAGACAACUGAGUCCAACAUAACAGAGAACGUCAACAAUGGCAACGUCGACGAAACAGAUGAGAAUAAGGUCCCCGAAAAUGAAAACACGAUAGUGAAGAGCAACACUGUGAGUCUGAGCAACUCGAGCCUGCGCCCAUACGAUGCCUACAUUUUAAAUUUUAACAAUUUUAGUAACCUGAACAAUUUUAACAACCUGAACAACCUGAACAACCUGAACAACCUGAACAACCUGAGUAGCUUUAACAACCUGAACAACCUGAACAACCUGAACAACCUGAACAGCCUCAGCAAUAUUAGCAACCUGAACAGCCUCAGCAAUAUUAGCAACCUGAACAGCAUUAGCAAUCUGAAUGAUUUGAACGGGUUUAACCAUGCCAAACACUUUAACAUGAAGCACGGCAUGAUUGGCCACAACGUGGAGUACCGCCCCAUCGUCGCCCAACUACCCAGCACGCCAACUCAAAUAUACCCCCCCUCCGAUUUGUAUCUUCGAAAAAAUGUCGGGACGAGACCAAUAUAUCAAAAUGUGGACAUGCUGGUGAACAAGUUCCAUAACAACAUCAACCACCACCACAAGUACCCGCCAUAUAGGAAGUACCACAAGGAGUUCCACCCCUUCCCGAGUCGAACCUUCGUGCCGAAGAAAAACUUCGACUCCCUUAUGAACAACACUUUGAGGAACUCCAAAAGGGAAGACUGCGUAAAGACCCCCAUCCACUUCAGAAACAACAGGCAGUACAGCUACAAAAACGUCUUCGGAGGACCGCCCGCGCGUGCACCUGUCCACAUAUACAAGGAGGCAAACCACUUCCCCAGGAACAUACCAGUGCAGCCGAACGUCUCAGGUAUCCUGGUGAAUGUCCCUGUAAUACCUGUUGUCCACCCGACAGUUAACGGACCAUUUAUAGAAGGCCACCCCCAAUACUAUACCCCCUACGUCAGAGGCCACUACGCGAAUAGUUCAAUUCCUGCCAGUGCAAAUGGGGCAUAUUAUUAUAACAUCCCCGUAUCCAGUGUGGAAAGUAACUAUUCCCCAAAUAAAAAUAUGAAUUUGUAUGCAGCGGCAAAUUCGCAUGUGCCAAAUUUGCAUGCGCAAAAUGCACACAUUAACAUUCCCGUAACGCCAUAUAUAACCCCAACCCUCAACUACGGCGUUAACAACAGCAACCCUCUGAACAUGACGAAUAAUGCCACUGUACCAAACCCAAACAUUAACAUCCCGCCUUACCCCCCAGAAUAUGUUGUUGUGAAUACUCCGAAAUAUCCGAGCACACAGACAGUGCCCAUGCCUGUUUACCCACAGUACCAGUACCAAAAUUAUUAUCCAUCGUCAUCGUCCCCUGGGAUGAAGAAUUCUUAA